GGUAGAUUUACAUAUGUUCUUUUACCUGUACCUGCCUGACAAAUCGACAAAAGAAUAACCGGUCUGUAGUCCAUAGUGAAUACUCCGAUGUUAAAAUUAAAGGAUAGAAAAUCAAGGCUUAAGCCUCAAAUUCUCAAUUAUAAAUUUGUUUGGGUGUUUAAGGAGCGAAUGAUUCCAGUAGCUGUAAAUAGACUGUUUGAAACUGAAAUAUAUCCCAUAAAACAUUUUCAUCAUUAUUUGUCUUGGUGGAUUCAAUAUAUUUCAGAAUGGACGACGACUAUUGUAUUGCUUCCAAUCAGUUAUCACACCUGUAGACGUCCAAAUUUUACAUGUGGCUCUUCGAAUAUACUGAACAGGCAUAGUUAACUUAGUUGCCUGACACUUUCCCCCAAAAAAGUAAUCUGAGGAAAAAUAGUAACAAGAUUUUCAGAACAAAAUUACUGAAUUUAACAAGUAUAAACACAGCAUAUUUAUUUAGAAUGACGAACGCAUAUUCUAUCAACUUAUCUCAUAGCAAAAUAUCAAAUUUACAGAAUACAGGCACGGUGUUUAGCAACUACUAAGACUAAAAACGCAUUGACUGCGUCCAUUCAGGUGUCAUCAGUGGUUCUUACCUAACAUGAACAAAUCCACCUCUUAAGUAUUGCGAAUCAUAUCUAAAACGACAGCAAGUUGGGUAGAACCAUGAACUAUAAAACCUCUCAUAAUGGUGCAAAUAUACAAUUCAUGCAUAAUCCUUUGGUUGUAAUGUCUGUUUCAGAUGAAGGUGCUGCAAAACGCAGGAAAAAAUAAGUCACUCUUGUGUAUCAGGCUUUUCUUAGCUUAGUUCCGACUUCUCCGUGUUGUACCUACUAUCAACAAAGUAAGAAAUGUAGAAUUGGACAAGUCGAAAAUACAAUACUUGAUUAUCUAACUAUAUUAUCAUCCUGCCGGCACUAUGCUUCAAAUAUCAGUUUCAAGAUAUCAGUUAAACGAUGCUGGAUAUCUUAUGAAAAUCACUGUGAAAAGGAACGUUGGUGCCUUAAAUGUCUAAUGUUAAAUGCCAAAAGAUAUUAACGAAAACGAUAAAGCUUAUUCAUUUUUAGGUAUAUUUACGAAACAUGAAAACAUAUUCCCUUAAUAAGCAUUUAUAAUAUCUACAUAAUCUUUAACACCUUUAAAGAAACAACUGUAUUUUCUGGAUAUCAAUAUUUCUUUAAAUUAUCGACACAACAAAUUCUAGGACAGAAGGGUUGCGGGUUCCAGUCAUGUCACGGUACUGUGUUGUAUCUUUGAACAAGAUACUUUACUCCGCUUGUUCCAGUCUACUCAGCUGUACAUGAGUACGUGUUUGGGCAGUGCUGGAGUUGUUGAAUGGUAGAUGUGAGCACCAGCUGUAUGCUCCCCAGGGAGUUGAGUUUGCACCGACAGCUGAGACUAAGAGGUACACAGGCAAGUCAGUGUUAAAUACUACAGUAUUAUAUACUGACUGGGUGUCUCUGUAUCCAACCACCUGAUGCACAUUUAACACUGCGGGAUCCUACCAAGGGAUUGGAAAUGUGCGGGAUAUUCCAGAAACACAAGGCUACCAUCAUCAACACUUCCAAGACAAUGUGCCUGAAACUGAGAUGUAUGAUGGAGACGAUGUGUUUACAGAAUGGUCAUCACAUACAGAUAUGGAGGACGACCAACAGACGAGCACCGAUGAUUCGACUGCCUGGAAAUUCCUCCGCAGGGAGGACGCCGCACAAGAAGACAUUGUAGAUUAUAUAAAUGCUGAUACUGGAGAUACUGUACUGCAGAUUGGCCAAGAUUUACGUAUGCCAGGAGAUGGUGACGAACGUGUGGUGGCUAAUGUCGAGGUACUGGCAGUAGUGGAUUACUGUCUUUACCGCAGAUAUCUCCGACAGUAUCGCAACAACAAGAGGGAAGCGCAAAUGCAGAUCGAACGAUACUAUCGCAUUCUCUUCUCCAUGGUUGACCAGCGCUUCUCCACCAUCCACUCUCCAUCGCUGGCUAUUCACGUUAGUUUGGUGGGGAUUGUCAUUCCAAAGAAUCGGGCUGAAGCCAGCUGGCUGGAAAACUCUGUUGUCUGGCCUCGGACUGUCCGCCAAGGUGUAGUAAAUGUGGAUACAGCCCUUCAAAAAUUCCAGAUGUGGCUCCGUGGGAAAUAUCCCGAUCUGCCUACUUAUGAUCACGCGGUUGCUUUCACUGGACACCGGUUAUAUAAAGGGAAAAGAAAGGUUGACGGUCUGGCCUAUAUCGGGACGAUAUGUCGAAGUUUGGAAGGGAAAUCGUCUUCUGUUGUAUAUGACAAUGGGGAUUUUCUUGCUGUUGGAAUCACCACUCACGAGCUUGGGCACAGUUUAGGUGCCACACACGACGGAGACUACCUUAAUGACGGCUGUUCAGCAAACCUCGACAACAUAAUGUCUCCCAGGCAGAGCAUCAAAAGCAAAGCGACAACGUCGAUGUUCUACUUUUCGGAAUGCAGUAUUAAACAGAUGACACUUCACCUUCAAACACGAAGAGAAUGUUUAAGUGCAGGAACUAGAGAGCCAUACAACCAGGUGGGCAAUAAAUCACCUGGUUCCAUAUACGGACUCACUGAACAGUGUCAGAUGGUGUUUGGUCCGAAGUCCGAUUUCUGUCAGCGUCCUGGUCGCUUUGACAACGUGUGUGGGCAACUGUGGUGCACCAAUCCGGGUAAUGCUCGGAUCUGCCAGACCAAGUCGCGUCUGGUGGCACUACCGGGAACGAUCUGUUCACAUAACAAGAUAUGUCACCUAGGUAACUGUUUGGAACCAUCUACAAUACAGAACCAGAAAACCGAGUUUAACUUCAUCAAGCCAACCGCUUCAAAAGAAUGCCCUACCGGAGACAAAGAUCCUGCUUACUGUACAUUUGUUGCCAAGAAAUAUGGACGAAGCCUCAUAUGUGACCAUAAUCUUAUAGGAGCCUACUGUUGUCAGACAUGCUCAAUGAUGAUGUAAAAAAGGGAAAACUGUGGUAGUAUGUUAAAGGAUAUAUCUUUGAAGAAAUAUCUAAUGAUGAAGUGAGAUAGAGACAUAAUGAUGGGUCAACGAUGUUGCCACACACAUCUCGGGAGACUACAGCCAGAGCUGAUUAACGAGAGAAGAAUACACAAUGUGUGGAGCGUUUUCUUGUUAUCUUUGCAAACAUCAAGAUUAUAUGUGAUAUCCAGGGAACAAUUACACUAUAACCUUUAGUUCUAUUUCUUAAAUCGAAAGACGGAGAUGGCUCUUCCGUGAUCGACACCUCAUAGGGUCUUUAUCACAAUGCCUCUAUCCAGACAUGAAAAUACCUCAUUGGGGCUUCAGUUUAUCAUACUGUGUGUAUCCCGACAUUGGAUAUACAUAAUUGGACUUCAGACAUCGGUUUCCAACACGUGAAUCCCGACAUGUAAAACAUCAGUUCCUGCAAAUAUCUUAACGUGAAGUUUGACUGACUAAAGAGAUUGUAAACAUCUCUAAAUUUGAGUAUAUCCUCCACUAACAUUUGUAAUUCAACGGUUGUUUUGUAUGAAUCUGUUGGAAUUGAUAGAAUUCUCUCCUACCUAGAGGAUGUGACAGAGAUACCUCCAAUCUCAGGGGUGAUUAAUUUGGUUGUCCAACCCCAAAGGUUAGACAACCAAAUAAUCACCCCGAGGGUCGGCGAUUUCUCUGUUUCACCAUCGGAGUAUCGGGAGUGUAUUGGGGUCUCUUUGUAAACCAGAGAUUAGAGGAUUGGGUCAUGUAGAAUGGUGCAAUUUUCUUUAUGAGUGUGCGUGGAU